AUGUUGUCGACACUCAGUUCUCUUAUUGGAUCGACGAACGCAGACCCCAAAACAAAGAUACCGUUAAAAGCCACGCCAGGGCCACGGGCACUUCCAGCAUCAUGGUAUUCCAGCCUUCCCAUGUACGAACUGGAGCGCCGGGCCAUAUUUUCAAAGAAAUGGCUCCUAGUCACCCAUAAAUUGAGGUUCACCAAACCGGGCGACUUCUUACGCUUCGAGGAGGCCGGGUACUCUUUUGUCCUGUGCAUGGACAAGGACGGCACAGUAAAUGGCUUUCACAACAUCUGCCGGCAUCGUGCUUUCCCCAUCGUCUCUGAAGAUGCAGGCAACGCCAAAAUAUUUUCCUGCAAGUACCACGGCUGGUCCUACGGGUUGAACGGGAAGCUUGCAAAGGCUCCUCGAUUCGAGACCGUGCCGACCUUUCAGAAAGAGAGCCAUGCCCUGUUCCCGGUUCAUGUGCAUAUCGAUGCACUGGGGUUCGUCUGGGUCAAUCUCGACGCCUCACCAACACCUUCCGUGGCCUGGGAGGACGAUUUCAAAGGCGUCGAUACCCAGGAACGGUUUGGGGCAUUUGAUUUUUCUCAGUACAAAUUCGACCACGUAUGGCAGAUGCAAGGCCAGUACAACUGGAAAACACUGGCCGACAAUUACAAUGAAUGCUACCACUGCCAAGUGGCGCAUCCAGACGUGGCCAAGCUCGCAGAUCUCACAUACUACUACACAGUCUCCAAACUUGGCUAUAUUCAACACUUUUCUCGCCCGAAGACAGGGCAAGAAGAUGAGGACAUCAAGAACGCAAGCACCUACUACUUUCCCAAUGCUUGCAUGACUGUCUCGCCGCACUUCUUCUAUAUGAUGCGAUGCGUUCCGACAUCCGCCACCACUUGCUCCAUGGAGUACGAGGUCUACCGGCACGUGGAUGCUUCGGACAGGGACUUUGAAUACAUCGACUCGUUCUUCAAACGCGUCCUUGACGAAGAUAAACACCUCUGCAACGCGGCACAGAAGAACUUGAACGCCGGAGUGUACAUCAACGGCGAGAUGCAUCCACAGCUAGAGAGCGCCCCUCUCUACUUCCAGAACGUGGUCAGACAGGUGGAAGAAAAAGACACGCUGUCCGGGCGAGAGGCCGGCGUGUUCGACCUGCACGCGCCUGUCGCAGGCUUGUCGGAGUCUCGACUGGCGCAGCUAGAGGAGAGGAUGGAGAUGGUCUUUGAAAAGCGGAUGACAAACAGCGAUGCAGAAUCACCGAGAUCGGAGUCGACCAGGUCUACGAACGGUCGGUCGUCACGAAACCCUCGCGAUGGGAUCGCCACAUCCUCCAGGCAAGAUUUGAUCCGAUUACUCUCUGGCUCUGCGCCUACCAAGCUGACGUUUCUAUGCAAAAGGGCCAUGCCUCCUAGGGGCGCCAUUGUGGACGCCGUGGGUGCAUACUUCAGAUACUGCCACAUGCAGCCCUUGUGGCUCUUUGACCCCGACGACCUCUCUUCCAUCGAAGACUGCCGUGACGAGGUCGUUUUCUCGCUGCUGGCCCUCUCCCUCUGCCACUCGAAGCACUCUUUCUUCAAAGGGAGAGCGGAGUCCUUGAGCCCGCGAUAUGCCCGGCUGGCGCGAGAGCAGAUCAUGCUCCGGAUUGCCCAGGGCAAGGUCAAUCUCGCCACGAUCCAGAGUUUAUGCAUGCUGGCACUGGCCAACUUUCAUGAUAACGAGAUGCAACUGGUCGCCCUGCACAUCAACAUCGCCGUCACGUUCUCGAAGUGUGCCGGCUUCGACGUGGAAUCGACCCCGACCGAAGUCUCCCCGGCGGCCGAGGCGCGCAGGAGGGUGUUUUGGAGCCUCCAUCUGCUGGAGCGGAUGUACGGACAGUCCACCGCGGCGCUCGCGAUCCUCCAGGACAUUGAAAAUCCCCAGUAUGUCCCCUUGCACCCGGACCUGCGGAAAAGGUCCAACGUGCUGCCCCCGCGUUUGCCGCAGGAGACGUUUCAGAGCGGAGAGACGGAGAGGAUUGGCAUCUGGGCGUACAUGGUGCAGCUGGCGACCCUGUGGCGCGAGGUGCGCACGUACGUGAUACAGUGCGCCCACACCACCUCGGAGCCCCCGUGGUCCGUCGAGUCGGGGUACGCCGUGAUCGGGGCCCAUCUCAUGGACCUGGAGACCAAAAUGCCCACGUACCAUCGCUGGGACUCGGCGCGGUUCCUCGACCGGGACGCCGAGGAGCUGCAGAACCGCGAAUACUGGAGCCCCUGGCUCUACCUCCAGUUCACCUACCACGCGAUCCACAGCACCCUGAACCACCCCUUCCUGUACUCCUCGCGCCCGCAGCAGUCCGUCCAGCUGGCGGUGCCAAACACCUUCUGGAAGACGUCCUCGGAGCUGGCCUUCAUCCACGCCACGUGGAUUGUGCGGCUGAUCGACGUCGUGCGAGAGAAGGAGUAUCGGAUCUCGGAUCCGUUCAUCGGCCAGUGCGCCGCUGUCGCGGCCACGAUCCACAUCUACUUCUGCCGGGCGGCAGACCACGACAUCCGCGAGGCGGCGCAGGUGAAGCUGGACACAUGCACCUCGUUCUUGGCCGAACUGGCCCAGCUGUGGCCCUCAUGUCGGUUGCUGCAUGACAAACUGCGCACCUUGAUCUACUGCGCGUUUACGUCCGGGCGCUCCGAUCAAGAGCCCGAGCCGUCUCGCCAGACGGUGUCGAUCAAUACGCGGCUGAUGUGGAAGAUCCUGCAGUACAAUUUCGACGGCAAGGAUCUGGGCGCGUCGGGUCACGGCCUGUUCCACGAGUCCUUCUGCCAAGGUGACGACGACGCCGCCCACGACGAGCACACGGUCGAAACGCAGAUCUCUCACAAUCCCACCACCCAGGUGGACCUGUCGAACGGACAGGCGCUGCCGCCCUACUCGGACUACCGCCCUCCGGAACCGAGUCCGCAGCAGGCCCCCCAGCACCACCACCAGCAGCGGCAGCAGCAGCAGCAGCAGCACGAGCGGCAGCUCGUCGACGACGGGGAACUGCCUGCUUCGUCGAACGCAAGAAUGUUGCCCAUGCUCUACGCCCCAUUCACGAAAGCCCCGGCGGCACCGUGGACGAUGCCCAGCAACGCCCCCAUCAUCGACAUGGCCUACGAUCCCUUCUACCAAUUCCAGGACUUCGGGACCUCGGCGGAUGGGUCGUGGGAAGUCGGGAAUCUCUGA